AAACGAAGAAGAAACGUUGGACGUUCAGCAUGACAUAAACUAGCUACAGCUAUCGCGGAAGAAACUGAAGCGUCGUGCGACAAAAAAAGAUAAAUAGAGGAAACGAACGUCAAGUGUAAACGAGUGUAAGAUGUCCGAAAACGAAACAAAAUCGGCCUCGCCGAUACCCACUGUUAUGUGCGCGCAAUGCAGUAUCAACGACGGCGGUGGUGAUAGUGGCGGUGGCGGCGGAAGUGGAGGUAGUGGUCUGUCGAUCACGCAAUGCCCGGCCCUACAGGUCACCUCGCGGAUGCUGCGUUCACCGAGUCAUGAGAGUGUCACCACCGAUCUGUCACUCUUCAGCGUGUCGUCGAUCGCGAGCGAUCUGCGCAGCGCCAACAGAUUGGUCACUUUCAAAUCCUACAGCGAUGCGCAACUAACUGGACGAGGACCUUCACCGAAACCAGAUUCUCGACAGAUUCAGGGUAACAGGCCGGCAGACAUUCCAGAGAUUUUAUGGUUUGAGGAGGAGAACGAAUUAAUUCGCAGCUGCGGUGUUUUGUCAUCGGCAUUGGGAUUGCGUAAGAGUUUUAGUACGAGCGAUGUGUCGCAGCUUCCUAGUCCAGAUGCAGCUGGAGCCGGUGGCCUACGAACGGCGGUAUCCGCUCUAGCUCUCGACACUGCUCAGCGUAAUACUCUGCUGCUGGAACACGCCAGACUCGACCAUGCCUCGAGGUCUUGCAGCACCUGGGUUGCCGUGGGUGAACCCGUGGCCAGUACGUCUCAGCUUCCUAGCCCGCAUGGAGGAACCGCGCAGGAGCAGCAGCCUCAACAACAGCAGCAACAGUUGCAGUCGCAGCAGCUCCAAUCGCAGCAGCAAUCUUCUUCAAACGUUCAAUCGGUGCCACAACUACCACCGCAACCACCGGCACCGCCGCCACCACCUGUGCCCUUCACUGGAGCGGAUCUCGUGAGGUCCGUCAAUAAGAAAGUCCGACAGAACUACAUACGACGAAGGUUACUGACCACGUAUCGCGCUUUGGAGCGCCUUUCGCAGAGUGAAUUUAAUCUAGAUCAGCUAGAAGCGGCGGCUACCGCGGCACAGAGCUCUCAUGGAACUACUUUGCUGGUGCCUGGAACAGCCGCCGGAGUUCCUGGUGCUUCCCUGAUUGGACGGAAGGAGCGAAAUCACGCGUUGACCAUACGAGAUGUCGAGAGAGAACGUGGAAAUCAGCUGUCGAAAUAUGAAAGGAACAUGAUGAUCUUUAAUUGGCUCCACACUUUGGACGACAGUGCGGUCGUAGAUAGCGUUGAAUAAGGAAACUUCUCCAACAUCUCCGCAAUUCCGACAACGUACGACCUAUCGUGCCUAAGUCUCUUCCUCUUCGAUAUUCCUUUAUCGAAGACGCUUCGUUGACACUAUAUUGCCGCAUC